ACCACCUUCCACAUCCAUCAGGCCCUCCUCUGCUCUGCCUCCCCCUUCUUCUCCCGCGCCCUCAACGGCCGUUUUAGAGAGGGCACCACCAAGACCGUAAACCUCCUCGACGACGACCCGCGCAUCGUCGCGGCGUUCGUCGCGUGGCUGUAUACCGGGCAGGUGUUCGGUAUGUUCGGCAUGUUCGGCUGCGGCGGGCCGGCUUGGAUUGAUCUUUGUCAGUUGUGGAUUUUUGGCGACCGGAUCGCGGCGCGGAGGCUGCAGAAUGAAGCUAUGCAGCUGUUUCUGAACUCGAUCCGAGAUAAGAACGGGGACGCCGCCAGGUUCGACUUUAGCAAUGAGAGGCAUGCACAGGCAAUCGACGAGAUCUACGAGAACACAGCACCGGAUUCGCCGCUCCGGGAGGCGAUUGUUGACGCGUUUAUGCGGCAGAAAGGUUCGAAGGACCUCCCCAGCAACAUGUGGCUGCCGAAGGAG